AUGUUCAACGUUACCAGAAACGGCCGGGCCUUUGUGUUCAACCUGACGUACGUGGCACAGAUGGGGGCGGUGCAGGAGGUGCUGCCAGCGUGGAUGUUCAAGGCGAGCCUCUUGGGAGGCGAGGUGCUGAGCCGACCAGACACACCCUUCCAACUUGUUGCCUUUGGCGCCUCCCUGCAUGACCUCACCUCACUCAACUCAACACUGGACUACCGAAAAGCCGCAACAUCUGUUCCGUGCUGUGGUCCCCAUGUUCCCCUCCUUGGCCUCUCAGCCUCGCACCUGCUGCCCAGCAUGCACCGUCGCUUGCAGGACGUGCGGCGGGUGACCUUCUUUGGCCCGUGGGCAGCCAGAGAGGACAUCAAGCCCCGCUGGGUGAUCAACCGAAGCAACAAUGUGCGCGGCAUGGCCUUCGAGGAGGAAGCUUCCAGGUGGGUGGCGCGUUAG